UCUCACUCUCUUUCUCCCUCUCUCAAACAUUUUGACAUAUAGUUUUGGCAAGCCCGCAUUUAAUUUAAAAUAACAAUGGAUUCCCUGCAAUUAUCAGAAGAAAUAAACCAGCUGAAAAAAUUGAGAGAACACUAUGAAUACCAACUGAAGUUAGUGGGUUUGGAAAUGUGUGAUCUCGACGACAAUCUACAUGCGCUUCUUGAUGACUGUGUGGAAUUGCAACGUGUUACCAAUUUGCAAGAUCUCAGCCUACUAAAUCUUAAAUCAUUUUACUACAAGAAAAAGAAGGAACAUGUUGAAAAUGAGGCAAUCAUAGCCAAACUGAAAAACGAACUAAAGAAACAGCAGGAAGAAUUGGAAAAGGAACAGGCCGAAUGUAAUUUGCUGGAGAAAUUUACAACUUCUAUCAAUAAACGACUUGUAUCUGAGGCACAAAUGCAAACAUCCGUAAUGGACAUUGAAUCCAAUAUGAAAAGUCUACAAGACCGUUUGGAUGCUUUAGAUAUACCAGAGGAUUUGAACAUCGAUGAACUGAUUAAAAAAGUGAAUUUAUUACGAAAGGAUAAAAUAAAGGAGAAAUAGUUGUUGUUGUAGCAGUGUGUUGUACACUGAGGCGGCUGCCCUUGCCGAUGAAGGACUCCCUCGGGUCAAUAUGGUACGUACAACCGGGUGCCAUGGGACUGAAGGAUAAAUAGAUUAGAAAAUUAGUUAGCUUUUAUUUAAAUUAAGAAGUGCGAUAUGGCAAAUUAGAUAUUCUGGCAAUAUAUUCAAUAAAAACAUUAACAAUAUUA